CAAACGCACAUGUCGGGUGUGUUGUGCUGAGGAUUGCGGUGAUAUUACAGCAUUUAAGUGAACCGUUGCGGGCUGUCACGUUGCUGUGUGCUCUCACAAUGCGAUAAGCUUCUCGGUCAAUGAUUAAAUAAAUCAUUAAAAUCAGGGUUAUAGUAGAAAACACUUUGUGUAAAGGAGCUGACACGCUAACCGGCGUGACUGCAGGCGACUGCUGUUUGACUUCACCGGACUGAAGGCUUUGGGGCUUCCUGCCGUGCGACACCAUGAGCUCCAGGGUGUGUAAGAGCUGCGGCAGCUCGGACAUCGAUGUUGACCAGGCGCGUGGAGAUGCGGUCUGUAUGGGCUGCGGCUCCGUGCUGGAGGACAACAUCAUCGUGUCUGAGGUGGAGUUUGUGGAGACGGGAGGCGGAGGGUCGUCGGCUGUCGGACAGUUUGUCUCCUCAGAAGGUGGAGGUCCAAACCCGUCUUUCGGUGACGGGCACUUCACAGGUGUGGGCAGAGAGUCCAGAGCUCAGACACUGCAGAGAGCAAAACAGAACAUCAACACCCUGGGUCACCAGCUGCAGAUGAACAAGCACUGUCUGGACAUGGCCUUCAACUUCUACAAGAUGGCGCUCAUGAAACACCUGACCUGCGGGCGAAAGUCCAUGCACGUCGUUGCCGCCUGUCUGUACAUGGUCUGCCGUACCGAGGGAACACCACGUAUCCUUACAUUGCACUCAUUUCCUUUUGUUCCUUUUUUAAAAAGUUUGAAUGUUUCAUAACUUCAGAAUCUAAAUGAUUUGAAUGUGUUUAGUCUGAUUAAAUCAUCAUCUUAAUGUCUCAGUACCCAAGUUGGUCAGGCUCCUUCAGUCUUAUUUA